AUGCUCGAUGAGAACAACGCAGCCUUGAUGCUGGGAGGUCAUUGGUGGCGAGCACAGGGCGUGGCGCCCGACGCCCAGAGCGAGUUCGUCAAAGUGGUGAAGAGCAAGCACCGCGGCAGCGCCUUCGAGGAUCGGGUUGGUGAUCGACGAUCAUCUGAUGAUGCUGCCGGUCCCAAUAUGGAGGAUAUUGGCAAUCGCGCGGAGGCCAUCGCUACACACCAAGAGGGCGGAGAGGUGAAGGAAGAGGCGGACGAUGCCCGUGUCUUGUGGAUAAUGAUUGACGAGGGUGGCGAGCGCCACAAGGUCUGGCGCGCCGUCGCCAGGGAAAUCGACUGCCACUCCUUCUUCGACUGGCCCUUCGAGGAUCAGCACUCCAAGAUGUUUGCGCAUGGUGAAGAAAAUCUUUCGGCAUGGGGGACACCCACUGUUGUGGCUGGCCACCCGGUUGUGAGAGAGAGAGGUACCAGCCAGAACAGGCGGACGGCCAUCGACAUGACAACUCCUCGUUAG